ACGCGUGGCCGUUGGAUCCCGUUCACAUCCAACGGCGGUCUGCUGGGGACGAAGGGCUGAGCUAUGGAGGAUAUGGGGUUUUCGCGCAGCGCCUAGCGCGGGGAGCGCGACCAGCGCGACGAGCUCUUGCGGUGCGAAAUUCUGGCAGGGAUGGAUUCCGAGGGCAUGAAUCCGGGGAGCUUCGACGAGAACGACGACGCCGGCAAUGGUCCCGAGGAGGAGCAGCAGUACAUGGCGCCGUGGGGGGAGGAGCCCGGGGAGGAGGCGGCGGCGGCGUCGCCGACGCACAGCGGAUUCCAGGCUGAGGAGGUGAGCUACGAAGGCAAGGAGCAAGAGCAUGAGCAAGAGCCCGGCGUAAGCCAGGAAGCGAAUGGCGUGGAGAAUGAGUAUAGCGGCGGCGAUGGCGCUGGGAACGAGCUCGCGGCGACGCAGUACACGGAGUCUUCGGCGCUGGACAAGGAUGGGAACCUGGAGGAUGGGUUUGCGGAGACCUCCGAGGACGAUGGCGAUGGCACUGUGGAGGAGCAAUUGGCAUUCGUCAAGGAGCUGGAGAAGUUCUUCCGGGAGAGGAGCAUGGAGUUUAAAGCUCCCAAGUUCUAUGGAGAGGAGCUCAAUUGCCUCAAGUUGUGGAAGGCUGUGAUGAAACUGGGAGGAUACGAACAGGUGACCUCUGGAAAGCUUUGGCGUCAAGUCGGCGAUUCCUUCAAACCCCCCAAAACGUGCACAACCAUUUCGUGGUCCUUCCGUGGCUUCUAUGAAAAGGCACUUCUCGAGUAUGAGAAGUUCACGACGGGAGUUUCGGUCUACCAUGAUCAACCGGGCGAUCCUUCGAGGUCCGAGGACGGUUUGUCUUCGGCCCCUAUACAGCCUCCUGGAAGGGCGAGGCGAGAUGCAGCGGCAAGAGCUAUGCAGGGAUGGCAUUCUCAACGUGGGAAUGGAGACUUAGUAGAACUGCCCUCGAAGGACAAGAGCUCGGCUAGACGUGAUAAACGAGGCUUCUUGAAACGGAAAGAUGGUUCUGGCAAAGGGAAGAAGGAGAACAGCUAUGACGACUCUCAUCUUUCCGCAAAGAAGAAGCUCGCAAAGCACGAGCCCUUGAAAGGCAAGGCAGUACACAGCGGCCUCGAUCUGGACGUGAUUGACGAAGGUCCACAAGCCGACUGGGUGAAGAUCAAUGUCCAUCAAACGCGCGAAUGCUUUGAGGUGUAUGCUCUUGUUCCAGGACUAUUGCGAGAGGAGGUAAGGAUACAAUGCGAGGCCGGAGGAAGGCUUGUCAUUGCUGGAGAACCCGAACAACCUGACAAUCCUUGGGGAGUUACUGCCUUUAGAAAGGUGAUCAAUCUGCCGCUAAAGAUCGAUGCUCAUCAAACAUCGGCCGUUGUUACGCUCCACGGGCAGCUGUUCAUCAGAGUUCCAUUCGCUCAAUCUUCGUCGGAGCAGCAGCAGUCAUGACGAAAGUUCUAGCGGAGAAAAAAAAGAAUCAGAAACGAAAGAAAAGAAGAAUGAUAAAGCGCGAAAGAUUUGGAGCUGCUGUGUGAUUCAUUCGUGGGGAAGAAGGCGAAGGGAUGUAAAUUCUUUUUAAUGGAGAAACAACAAAGAGAAAGUAUUGCUAUGGGUC